AUGGACGUUGAGGGGGAUGUGCUUGACGCCAAGAUAGCAGCAUAUUGGGCGAGGAGGGAAAAGGAGAAGGAAGAUGAACCCGAGGAGUCCCACACCGACAACAAUGCCUACGAGGCUUGUCUCUACCGCGGCACCUGGAACCGGAAGCUCGCCGGCGAACGCGGCUCCUACGAGGACGCAACGUCUAUCCCGGCAAUGCGUUUCACCGACCAUCGUUCCACAUUCGCCAGCACGCAGCCGACCUUGCAGAUCUUCUCGGUUAAAGUCGAGGAGAUAAUGGGAGGCUUACUAUGGCCGAUUGACGUCUACGGUAUGGUUGCCGUACGCGACGUCGUGGAUCAUAAGCGUAACAUUAUCUUCAACCGUCAACGAGAUAACUCUCAAACACUCACCGAGGAGGAUUCCUAUCUGGCACUUACCGGCCCUACACGAGCCGUUGUGGUGAAUGUGCAUCCGGUCUACUUUGAGGUCAAUCUCAAAGUGAAAGGCGCUACUAUGUCCGAGGACAAAGAUUUAAGCCUUCUAGCAGCAUGUUACACUAGUAACAGCCCAUCUAGAUCAUGUGUGAUCCAUCGUGUUUGGACUAGCAAGCUCAGUACGCUCAAGUUAACAUUUGGUCACAUCCUUUACUCUGUCGAGGCCACGAUCAAGGUGGAAGUCAUCGAUGGGAGGUGGCCAUGUGGUUAUCAAGGCGUAUUUACCGCCAAGACAUCCAGCAUUAAUCGCAUGGAAGUCCCGCUGCUCGCUUUUGAAGACGGUGAAUUGCCUAUGGCUGAUGGCUGCAUGGUCAAGCUUUCGCGCCGUGUUGUUUCUGUCGAACUUGUUCGGCCCAAGGAAAACCUUAGGAAUCCAAAGUUGAUCGCUGAGUUGGGUAAUAAGUUGACAAUAUAUGCAUGA